CAAUAAAGAGUCUUGAAGAACAAAACAUGACACUUGCCAGUUCUAUUUCGAUAGUGAGGGACGCAAAAAUAAAAUUAACUCAAAUAGGUGGAGCUCAAGGAAAAACGGUUAAAACAAAAGUAGAAACUGUGUUGGAGAAAAAUGAGGGAUACAUAUUAAUGGUUAAAAUUUCAAAUAUUUUAUCUGGAGACCAGGAAAGUUUUGAGGGUUUACCUGAAGAUUUAACAUUAAAUGACUUGGUAUAUUUUAAAUAUGCCCCGAUUACAUCAGUGGAUGUGGAACGGUCGUUUUCGAUUUAUAAAAAUAUGCUAACCAACAAUCGCCGUACAUUUAAAUUUGAUAAUAUCAGAAAAUGUCUUAUUGUACAGUCAAACUUUACAGAUAAACAA